GUAGGCUACGCGGCUGAUACCCGUUAGAGUUACGACGAAGAGACUUUAGAAGAAAUAAGGCCCGCAGGAGAGGUGGGUUCCAGGCAACAAUGACGCCCAGUUGGACGCGACGGCUCGACACUCUUCGCAUGCACAAACUUGUGCUGUUUAGCAAUAUUAUUACGCUUGUAAAUAAAUAUGUAUCGAGGUGUUUCACGGUCAAUUGAUGGAUUUUAAUUGUGAAACUUCUCAUCGUAUUAUCGCUCGUUCGGAUAUUCUUCAACGUAAAAAGCGUUCGGUGGUUUUACGUUUUGUGUUUGAUAUUUUUCGAGAAUUUAUGACUAGAUACAAUUCUUGAACUUUGGUGUGUGAAAAAAAACUUGAAUCUCAGUAAUAAUAAUAAUAAUAAUAAUUUUGUGAUACAAUGUGAUGUGAAUGGUUUUUUGAUUCUGCGGUAUUUGCGUGAAAAAAAAAAUGUGCGAGUGUAGCGACGAAUGUGCCGAAGACGUGGAAAGAUGAUGUCUUAUGAGCGUUUUGUUAGGUUUGUAAAAAUCGUUUUUUGCUUAAAUCGAUCCGGUCGGAAGUUCUAGAAGGAAGAAAAUUUUGGACGAGAUUCAAGCCCUGCGCGCCUGAAAUGACUACCCUCGGUCUCUCCAAAGUCUUCAUAUUGGACAAGUAUUUCACGGAGCUGCAGAAGUUUUGGGAGACCGAGAAGAAGCUACAAGAUGCUUCCUCAUCGAACGAAGCGGUGCACCUACAGCAGCGCUUGCGGAGCCUCAGCACGGAACUAGUGACCCUGAGGAACCGGCUGCACGUAAGCCAGCCAGCGAGUGCGUCAGGGCCGGCGGGCGGCACCUCCGGGCCCUUGUCGAAGAGUCCGGAAAAGAGUGGCGCGCCUACCUCGCCCGCGCCGGCGGUACCUCCGAGGACCACCCUGCCUCCUGGUGGCGCGGUACCGCACGGGAUCGGUCAUCCGUCGGGUCAUACAUUGACGGCUUCCGCGAUUGUUCAUCCACACGUCAAUCACGCCAACGCGAACACACUCAACCAUAACUCAACCGCAACAAAUAAUUUAAUAUCCGAUUUGGAUCCUUCGAAGCGGCACAACGGCGUGUCCGAUGACGGUAUAGUGUCCUGCGUGACAGCGCUGGGAUGUCUCCGAUCGCCUCCUAUAUCUAGUAUCAUUGCUGACGUGAAAAAUGCGAGGAGCAAUCAGAAUCAGCAUCGAUGUCUUCCGAAAGUCAGCGCGCCUUCGCCCGGCCCUGCAACUUCCACGGCCUUCGACGACCUCAUUCAUCUACCCGGGCCUCUCACAGAAGACGCGGUGCUCAAGUGUCUUCAGGCUCGUUUCUGCGCGAAGCAAUAUCACACGAACGUGGGUCCGAUAUUGGUUUGUGUAAAUCCUUAUACGGACGUCGGAAAUCCGUUAACACUAACGAGUACCAGAUCGGUACCGCUGGCGCCUCAACUGAACAAGGUCGUCCAGGAAGCUGUAAGGCAGCAAUCGGAAACCGGAUAUCCACAAGCAAUUAUUCUUUCUGGAACAAGCGGUUCUGGAAAAACGUACGCUUCGAUGCUGUUACUUAGACAACUCUUCGACGUAGCCGGUGGCGGACCGGAAACAGACGCUUUCAAACACCUAGCGGCAGCUUUCACAGUUCUCAGAUCCUUGGGCUCAGCGAAAACUGCCACAAACUCGGAAAGCUCAAGGAUAGGUCAUUUUAUCGAAGUUCAGGUAACAGAUGGUGCUCUGUACAGAACAAAAAUUCAUUGUUACUUCUUAGACCAGACUAGAGUGAUACGACCGUUGCCGGAUGAAAAAAACUAUCAUAUAUUUUAUCAAAUGUUAGCCGGACUGUCUCACGAUGAACGAGUCAAAUUAAAUUUGGAGGGAUACAAUCUCAAAAACUUGAGAUAUCUCCAACACGGAGAUACGCGACAAGACGAAGCCGAAGAUGCCAUACGAUUUCAAGCCUGGAAAGCUUGUUUAGGCGUUCUGGGAAUUCCGUUUUUGGACGUCGUGAGGGUGCUGGCAGCGGUGCUCAUCCUCGGAAAUAUCGGCUUCACAGACAGUCCCGGUUCUGGUGUGGAAGUAGGCGUGAUUGGUGAAAACGAGUUAUCCUCCGUAGCUGCACUCCUGGGAGUCUCCCCGCCAGCCUUGUUACGAGGACUCACCUCGAGGACUCGCAACGCGCGCGGCCAGGUCGUUAAAUCCGUCUGCGACGCCAACAUGUCUAACAUGACCAGGGAUUCAUUGGCGAAAGCACUUUAUUGCCGUACCGUAGCCACGAUAGUGCGACGAGCAAACAGCUUGAAGAGACUUGGCUCGACUCUCGGUACUCUUUCGUCGGAUUCAAACGAAUCGGUUCACAAUCAAGCAGAAGUCACCAGCCAACACGCCUCCACUGUCGGUAGUUCAGCAGGAGGAACAGGAUCCAGGAGCAUGACUGCCCUGAAUAAUGCCGUGCGGCAUGCCACGGACGGUUUCAUCGGUAUCCUGGACAUGUUCGGUUUCGAGGACCCUAAGCCCAGCCAGCUGGAGCACCUCUGCAUCAAUCUCUGCGCCGAGACGAUGCAGCACUUCUACAACACUCACAUAUUCAAAAGCUCCAUCGAGAGUUGCCGCGACGAAGGCAUCCGAUGCGACGUUGAAGUCGACUAUGUCGACAACGUGCCAUGCAUUGAUCUCAUUUCUUCUUUGCGCACCGGAUUGCUAAGCAUGUUAGAUGUAGAAGGUUCUAUACCCGGGACCGCAGAAAGUUAUGUCACCAAAGUGAAGGUGCAGCACAAGCAGAAUCCUCGACUAUUCGAGCCAAGAACCGUCGACUGCAGGUCCUUCGGUAUUCAGCACUUCGCGGGAAGAGUCAUUUAUGACGCCUCGGAUUUUCUGGACACGAACAAAGACGUUGUUCCCGACGAUCUGGUCGCGGUUUUCUACAAGCACACCUGCGGCUUCGGCUUCGCCACGCAUUUGUUCGGAAGCGAAUUGAAAGCGCUCUACACGAACGAAACCGUGCCGAGAGGUGUCAGUUUUCGAAUAUCGCCGACUUCUCACACCGAUCUUUUGAACGGAGACGAACCAAUAUCGACGUUGACGCAGGACUUUCAUACGAGAUUAGAUAAUUUGCUGAGGACUUUGGUUCAUGCCAGACCACACUUUGUCAGAUGCAUUCGAAGCAACAGCACCGAAACGCCAAUGCAUCUCGAUAGAGGAGUUACUAUGCGUCAAAUACGCUCGCUGCAGGUUCUGGAGACGGUAAAUCUAAUGGCCGGAGGUUAUCCGCAUAGGAUGCGAUUUAAAGCCUUCAACGCGAGAUAUAGGUUGAUCGCGCCCUUCAAGCAAUUGCAUCGCGCCGAGGAGCUGGCUGUCGAAGACACGAAAUUGAUUUUGCAGAACGCGCACCAGCUGAAGAGUAAAUUUGGCGCCAGCACUAGCUGGGCUCUCGGUAAACGGCACAUUUUUCUCAGCGAAGGUAUCAGACAACAGCUUGAGAACUUGCGAGCGGAAACACGACGUAGAGCCGCAACAAUAAUACAGGCUACGUGGAGGGGAUGGCGGGUACGGAAGAGAUGGCCUGUGAGAAGGACAACCCUAGGAGUAACGUCCGGCAUAGGACAGAAGAAACCUCAACAACCACCUACCGGAACCAAUACUGGAACCGUCCAGAGGAAUGUCACCGCUGGCGCGGGAACUGGUACUGGCACUCGUCCAAGACCACAACCGAUCGCUGGCACACCCCCGCCCGAUCCUUCGGAGAAAUGCGCCGACCAGAAGAUGAUCCAGCAAACUUGUACACUUUUCGGAUUAGAUUUGGAGCGGCCACCGCCUGUCCCACCUAGCAGAUCCUACACCGUGACCGGAAACACAAAGCUUGGUUACCCGCAAACCAGGAUUAUGAAAAUGCCUUUCCCAGAAGAGGGCGAAGGCGAGAUGGUCUUGUUAAAAGGAGAGACGGUUUUGGUCGUGGGUGCGUCUCCCAGACGAGGUCAUCUACUCGUAGAACACAAUAAUACUACGUUACAUGUGCCGUAUCAAUUUUUGGAAUUGAAACCUUGUAACAUUAAUGUUUAACGAUAUCGCGCUAGUUUAUUCGAUUAUUCCAUUAUGUAAGAAAAAAAAACUAUAAUUUUGUUUUUUUUUUAUUUUGUUUUAAAAAGUUUAUAUUUAAAACUAACGUAUAAAAUUUAAUUCGAAGAGUCUUUCAUAAAACUUAAGAAAACCGAGCGUCGGAAGACGAUAAAUCGAAAGUGAAAUGAAAAAAAGUACAUGAAAAAUAGUUAAGUAAUAAUUUUCGGUUUUUCGGUCACGCGCGCGCGCGUGAAGUAUUUCGAAUUUAACGAUAAACGUUAUACUCUUUCCGCGAGGGGUCUCGAUCACCUCUGUGUGUCGUCUAUCGUCUGCCAAUUAAUUGCCAUAAGACCCGUCUCGGGAGUAGCGCCGACAAAAGUUAGGGUAGGGUGAUUAGUAUUAAGAGAGCGCCGGCGGCAUCACUCGCGGUGAAGUCUCAGCUCUAAAGGACAAUGAACUUCGUCCUCUAAUUAAUUACACCUCCCGUUAAACGAGCUUAACGCGGAAGUCACCGCGGCCGUGCUUAUCGCUCAUUUCAGACACGGCAUACUGACUUACCUUAAGCUUACGUUUCGUCUUCCAUGUAGAUAAGGUCCUCGCAAAGAAGUCCUCCACUUGCUUGAGAUAAGAAAAAUGCGAGUCGAAAAAAAAACGCGAACAACAAUAAAUUGGAGUGAAAAAGCAGCAAAAAAAAAAACAAACCAGGUCAGCAAUCGAGUAAAAAACACAGCUUGUUGAUAGAUACAAUAUCGAGUCAUUCGUCACUCAAAUAAUUGACUUUGCGUUUUGUAAAAAACAAUAAUUGUUCUUUAAGAAUCACUUAAAAAAAAAAAAAAAAAAACAUUGCGUUACUUUCACCAAAUGUUCACAAACAUAAUUAUAAACUUAUUUAUAAAAGUACAUAUAUAUUUUUGCAAAUAUAAUGAAUAUUCAAACGUUUCUCUCAAGCGGGAUUAUACACACGCGCAUCUAUGCGUAUUUUAUAUAUCACAUAUGUAUAUAUGUUCUAUUAUAUAUACACACAUGAUAUAGAACAUAAUAGAGAACAUGAAACUAUGGAUAAUUCUUACCAACAGUAUUUGCUUGUUUACUCUGAAUUCUUAGUGCCAAUUAGAGAGAAUUAUUGCCGCGCAAUAUGAUAAUAUAUCUGUAUCAUAAGAUUCGUACUAGUUCACGAGUAUAUAUAUAUAUAUACAUAUAUAUACGAUAGAAACAUAGUGUGUCAUAUGGUAUUUGGAUGUUAUCGUUAGAAGACUUCGCGCUUUGUAGAUAUAUAUAUCCAUAAAUUCUCGAACUCUCGAUUCGACAGAAAUCGAAGUCAGGAGAAGAAGACUAAAUUAGGAUAUACAAAUACACAUACAAAUAUUUAAUCGAUUUUAAUCAAGAGAAUAAUAUCUUAAUAUUCAGUUCUUGUCGCAAGAAUACGAAGAAAAAAACUGUAUAUACGUAAAAAGUUUGAAACUCACACCAAAAGAGUGAGAUUUCGGAACAUUUAUAAUGCAUAUGUAUACAUACAUACACACACAUGUAUGAAUAAUUUUGUAUAAGCGUCGUGAGAAAUACAAAUUAU